UUAUGACUCACGAAAUAUUUUUAUGGUUCUUCUUUGAUUCCGUGGAACAAAGAGCAUACGAGGAACAACAUAUAGCAUUUUUGUGGUAGCUCCGAGACAGGGUGGCUGCUGGACGAGGACUUCACAGAAAUUCGGCUGAGUAAAUUCAUUCACUUACGAACUCGACACAAAUUGCAGAGAGAGCCAUAAGUGAAGCCAUGGGUCGUCGUAUAGCCAAAAUGGCAGCCCUAGGGCGUCAUUUCGAAGUGGGCAACUUGUACAACUACCGCAACGACAUUGUCAUACCAGAUCAAUGGACGAACGAAAAGUCUUUGGAUUCGAAAUUAGCCAUUCAAGUCUAUUCGAAUUUCAAAUCCAAGUUCAUUUGUUUCGACUCGGAAUCAUCCGUCAGCCAAAAAUGGGAGCACAUGAUGGGCAUCGACGAGCAUCUCCAGGCCAGCGUCCUCUCCGGCGUCAUCGACAAAUUCCGCGGCGCCAGCAACUACCUGAACGACCGACCGCAACAACCAGCGCCAGCCACCCGCACUCUCGUCUGCCGUGUCAAAUCCCGCAAAGAUUGUUUGGACCUGCAGGCUCUUAUGAACAACCAGGAGGAUCUCGCAGCUCAUUUCAAAAGUGAAUCCAUCUCCCGCGCUACUCAUCUGGUGGUGGGUGUCACCUACGGGGCCGAAGCUUAUUGCAUCCUGACUCACGACAAGAAAGAAAAUGAGAAUGUUGACCGAGAAAUAGCCGAAGAAAUCCUGUUCGAGAUGGCGUCUAAAAUGAGAAACGCUUUAGGAGAUGAUCAAGAUUUAGAACAUUUUAAGAAAUUGUUUGACGAUGAAGAAAUGCGACAGCUGGACGGCGUCAAAUGUCGACUCUACGCUGAUUUUCAAUCGCAAUCGGUUCGCGAAUGUUGUGUCUUUGACGCCUACAAAUUUUGCUUCAAACUGGUCCGUCAAGCACAAAAUGGCGUAGCCGUUCCGGUCGCUGUCCGCCUCUUUCCUCUCAAAUUCAUCGCUGGGCGAGGAAUUCAGCCGCUGGAUUACCGAGACGUCGACGCCGAUCUGGUGGUUCACUGCCGCCGCAUCCUGGAGAAUCUGGAGAGAAUCGUCGUAACGGCGGAUGCGAUUCGCUCGACUAGUAAAAUAAUCCGCCGGGCAUCUUUGCGAUAUUUUCGCGAGGCCGUCGCUCUAUAUCAACAACUUUUGAGGGCCAGUUUGAAGAACGGGAUUUUGAAGGCCCGUGAAAUUGGCGAAGGUGACGACGAAGAAGUUGAAAAAGUGAUUGGAAUCGCCCAGAGUCAUCCGCUUUUCAAGCCUUGCCGACUGGAACGGUGGAUUGGCUACAAACAAUCCGAGUCAGAGAUGGUCGAAAUGAUGGCCAGCGUGAAGGGUGUGGUCUUCUUUGCCAGCCGAAAUCAACUGGAGAGAGAAAUGGCCGACUCCUUUGGCAAGAAUUUCACCCUGGUGUUGAGAGUUCCUCCGCUGGAUGAGAAGACGGGCAAGAUGCUGGAAGCCAUGCGGAAUUAUUUGGACGGUUGUACGGAAUUGAUGCCGGCCGGUCGUGACGAUGAAGACACGGACGAAGAGGAAGAUCAUCAGCUGGAAGAAGACGGAAUUCCGUGGCACAUGAUUCAACGGAAGCGGAAGCAGGUGGUGGACAAGAUCCGGGAAUUGGCCAGUCACGUCGAAAAUAACAAACAUUUGGAGGAUCAGGUCCAGUUCUGCAUCACUUCCGGAGAGCCUGGCAAAGGAGGUUGUCGCUAUUCCAUCUACGAAGGUGACCAUCUAGUCCAGGACAAUCUUAUUCACUUGCCCAGUCCACCCACGGAUUUACGAGUCCAACUUGUAACAUCCGGCGGCGGAAAAGUUUCUCAAAAAUCACCAUCCUUCAGCAUCGAGUGGAACUGCAAAGAUCCUGGUUAUCCGUGUCAAUUUCUAGUCGAGUUCCGGCCAAAAGGAAGUUGUGACGAGUCGUGGAUGCAGCGGAAGACCACCCUUCCGGGCGAAAAUCAAACGACCGUCAGCUUCCAAAGCGGAUCGGCUAUGGAAAUUCGAGUGGCGGCAGAGACUUGCAUCGGCCGCAGUCAAUUCUCCAACGUCAUUCACACGGAAUCUGUUCAUGCGGAUGAAAAUGAUGAAUUCCAGAGCAUCAGCGGUUCAACUAGUCUGCGGAGUGGUGAUUGGUCGAACAAUUUAAUGCAAGACGCCAAUCCUUUUUUCUCAUCAAGUCCUCGACGUCAGGAGCAGCAGCGAAGAAAAUCCUCGUCUACUCCGCGGAUCGCUCAACUAUUUGCGGAAGAGUGCAGCAAACAGAGUCAACUCAUCAAACAAGGAAGCCCGAACGUUUACCUGUUGAACGCCAAGGAAAAUUCGACGGUCGCCGAUUUCCGAUGGUUCGACGUUGGCCGGACGGGAUUGACUCCGCCACCGAUGGAUCACCACGAUCACAAAGUAAUUAUCCUGAUGGGCGCCGCCGGAAGCGGUAAGAGCACGCUCAUCAACGGGAUGAUCAACUACAUCCUGGGCGUCGAGUGGAAAGAUCCUUUCCGGUUCCAGUGCGUCCGCCAAGACGAUUUGAGAGUCCAUCACAGUCAGCCGGGAUCCGUGACGGCCUACACUCUUCGCCACCAGGACGGAAUGGCCGUUCCGUAUUCCAUCACGAUCGUCGAAACGCCCGGCUACGGUAACACGAAAGGCGCUCGACGGGACAAGGAGGUGACCCGCAAGAUCCAGCGAUUCCUGACGCAGGAGAAAAUCCGAGUGGAUCAAAUUCACGCCGUCUGCUUCGUGGCCGCUUCCAACGACAUCCGGUCGACGUCGAUGCAUCCCUACAUCCUCGACUCGGUUCUCUCGCUGUUUGGCAGAGACGUCAAGGAUAACAUCCGCCUGCUGGUGACAUUCGCCGACAUGGCCCAUCCACCGGUGGUCGAGGCCUGCGCAUCCGCCAAAUUUCCCGUGACGUCGGCCGGCGGAAUCGCCUACAGCAAAUUCGACAAUUCCGUUCUCUACGCUUCCAACGAGCAGCAGGACGAGGACGAUUUCUCCUUCGACGAGCUCUUCUGGCAAAUGGGCCAGGAGAAUUACCAGAAAUUCUUCGCCGUCCUGGAGAAGAUGAGCGGACGGGAUUUGGCGUCCACCCGGGAAGUCAUCCAGAGGCGCCUCCUGCUGGACCAAUCGCUGAAAGACAUCGAAAGAGGAUUGGAAGUCUACCUGGUCAACGUGGAGAACGUCCAAAUGUUCCGCCGGAAGAUCAAAGAGUACGGCGACAAGAUGGAAGCCAACCGGAAUUUCGUUCUGGAAACAAAAGAAGUGCGUCGGGUGAAGGUGGACUGCGACCGGGGAUUCGUGGCUUACAACUGCCGCCAUUGCCAGAGGACCUGUGAGGAUCCUGUCCGCUCCAUCAACUUCGAUUACUUCCGCAAGAGCAAAAAGCAGUGCUCACACAUUUUCUGCCCUUGCCCGGCCUUUGAACACGAGUACCAGCAAUUCCAAUGGCGACAGGUGUCGGAGAAAGUGAGCACGAUCCUGCCGGAAAUGAAGGCCGAAUACGAGUCGAAUGGCAACGACAAAUUGACGACCGAGAAGCUCCUGAUGGGCUGCCUGCACGAAUUGAAGAUGACUAAAGCGAAAUUGUUUUGUCUUUUGGCUCGGGUGGGUUCCAGUUGUCUUUUGCUGGAGGCGACAGCCCUCCGAUCCAACACUCUCAGUCUGGCCGACUACCUGAGUCUGAUGAGGAGCCGAGUCGCCGAGGAGCUGGCGCCCGGCUACUUGACUCGCUUGGAGAUUUUGAAGGAGCUGCAGCAAAGUCUGGCCAGAAGAGCGUCCGAGAGCAACGCUCUUGAGCUACACGCCGACAGUCCAAUCAACCGCAAUCGGAGGAAGGCGAGCUGCCAAUUUGGGGAAUGGCAAUCCGUGGAGACUUUUGCCAAUUCUUUCGCCAUUGACGAAUGCUGGUCGUAGGGCUAUUUUUCGUUUUGUUUGCUUGUUUUUCUCUUCUUAUUUGUGUGUUGUUAUGCGGGAGAAAAAUAGCUUAUAGGUUGCAAUUUAGCUUGUCAACUUAUUGUACUGAUUGUCUAUAAUUUCAAGUUAAUAAUAUAAUGAGAUUAUGUUGCAAA